UGAGCGGGCUGUAGAGUGAACCGUCCGAGCCGCCUUUCACGGAGAGCCUGCAGCGGCGACAUAGCUGUUCAUCGUCGAUAUCUGCUCGGUACCGGCGUUAUUGUGUUUAUUCAUUCAAACACGGGCGGACGUUUGGAGAGAAUCGAUGUUUUUGUGCCAACGUAAAGUGAUUUCACGUCGUUUCCGCCGCCGGGUUCCGUUCGACACAAACGGAGAAAGUGCUGAUGUUCGGCCGUUACAUGGAUCCAUGGUUGUUUUUCUAGCAGCACAUCUUACCGUGCUCUUCCCCUACAUCUGUCCAGUGGAGGCACCAUGUCGAUGACUCAGACCCAGAAGGAGGCUGGCGAGGUGGGCUGGAGUUGUCUGGACGCUCUGGGUCUCAGUCAAAAGGAGCUGGUCUUGGCUGAGGCCCUACAGAUGGAAUAUGACGCUCUUUCACGGCUCAAACAGGAAAAGGGAAGCACCGGAACAAGCCAGAGUGGCCCUGAACUCACUAGUCACAACCACGGCCAAAUCACAUCCACGUCACCCAUUCCCUUCGCUGAACACUCUCAACCCAUAGCCAGCCAACCAGUUCUGACCUCGAUGGGAGAGUGCCUUCUAGGGGAACUUUCUGGAGCUGAUUCCUCCUUGAACCAACCUGGAGGAUCCCAUUCUCCACCAUCCAUUCCAGCAAGGGCGAACAUGCUACAAGGAGACCAUGUCAUGGAUUCCCCGUUCAUCCUCAACAAUCCAGAGCAAACAAAGUUAGGAGACUCAAGUCCCAGCUACAGAGACUCGUCUACCUCUGGGUCAGGGAUUCUUCUCAAAGGGUUCUCAUCUCUUCCAGAGGACGUUCCCCCUGCCAUCCCACCAAGAAACCCCAUUCCUUCAUCUUCAGGUUCACAAAAUCCCUUCCUUCCUCCUCGAUGGUCCACUAUGCCCCGCAAUGUCAACCUGUUCACCCCAGACGUGGAUCAGCCAAAGGUCGUGUCAGGGGAGUUGAAUUAUGAGAUUAUUAACGAUUCCUUGUCCCAACUCAAUGAGAGUCAUCAAGAUUCUCGAGGCCGAAAGGUCAGCGGAGAUCAGUUAGGGAAGCCUGUAGCUCGAAGCAAGACACUCCCCCCUCAAGUACCACCACGGACCUAUGCCCCUCUGACUAAGAGUAACAAGAACCAACGGCGGGUUUCUGCAUACCCGGUGUCACUUGGCUCCAGAAUGAAUGGAUUCAGCUACGAAUUGUUCCAGGUGUCAGAGGAGCGAGAUGAGGAGGUGGCGGCAUUCUGCCACAUGCUGGACGUGCUCCGCUCGGCUUACCCGUGCAGCGACCGCUCCAAGAACACGGGCUUCGUCUGGUCCCCGUCGGUCACCCGUGAUGAGAUGAACCAGGUCCUCGGGGUCAGUGUGAAGGUCACAGUCAUCAGCGAGCACUUCAGAGAACCGCUGACCUUCACCUGUGACACUUCAUCCUCUGUGGAUCUGCUGAUCUACCAAACUCUGUGUUAUGCUCAGGAUGACCUGGACCAUGUUGACGUAGAUGAAUACCUGCUCCAGAUCUAUGGGCAGGAGGAAUUCCUCAGCAACUCUCAGACUCUGGCCGGUCUGGAGUUUGUCCAGCAGUCUCUGAAGUUUCACUGGGACAUCCGUCUGGUCCUCACCCGGAGAUCUGCCGUCAGGACGGAGCUGACUCGCACGAAAGAAGACGAUGACACGGUGUCGACGAUGAACCACAACAUUCUGCUUCAGGAGCGUCCAAUUAAACAGACGGUCACCAGGGAGGCGUUGACACUGCUGCUGGACACGUUUCACAAUGAAGCCGAAUCCUUUGUGAUGUCAGAGGUGGACCUGCCGCUACACGUGGAGCGUCUCGUACAGUCUGUGAAAGCUCUCUGUAGCUCGCUGGCUGCCGUGGAGACGCCUGACGUGACCUCUGCCCUCAGUCUGCUCCCAGCAUGCCCCUGUCGCCUGCAGCCCAAAGUACAAAAGGAUGCCUCAGUGCUGGCUGUCAGAGAAAACAGAGAGACGGUUGUGGAGAAGUUGACUGCGUCAAUCUUGGAUUUGGUGGAGCUGUACUGCAACACGUUCAAUGCUAAUUUCCACCCGACGGUGCAAAGUCGCUGCUUCACGGCGCCCAUGCAGGAGGCCGGCCACAUCACCAGCAUCCUGUCCUUCAACAUCUAUGCUGCUCACCGCAUCCCCAUCACCUGGGCUGCCAGCUACGAGGGUUUCUUCCUGUCUUGCUUGUUGACCCAUGGAGGGGUGGAGCUUUGUGCACCACAGCACACCAGCAAACAGGCAGUCAGCAAGUAUUUGUUCCACCUGGUGGUGUGGGACCACAGGGUUUGUUUUCCAGUUCAGAUCAACCAGCUGCCCAGAGAGUCCCAACUGACGGUGACACUGUAUGCCAGCACUUUGCCGCCCCCUGGAGGAGCGGAGGAGAAAGGGAAGCAGCGUCGCAUUGAGGCGCUGGGAUGGGUAACCAUGCCGCUUUUCAACUUUAGACACACGUUGACAUGUGGCAGGAAGUUGUUCGGUUUGUGGCCUUCAACACCAGGAAGAAGUGGAAACGCUCGAUCGAGUUCCCCAAACUUUAACCAGCCGGACAGUGUCAUCCUACAGGUGGACUUCCCCACGUCGUCCUUUGAGGUGCUUUUCAGCACACCACCACCAGCGGACUUCUGCCCACAGUACGAGUUCUCCAAACUGGACACCGCCAGUCAGAGCCACAUGCAGGAUGUCCUGCAUAAGAAGUCCUUCUUCUGGCUAACAUCGGAGGAUAAGCGCCUCUUGUGGGAGAAGAAGGCAUUCUGUCAGGCAGAAAGUGCUGCGCUCCCCCUCGUGCUCGCCAGCGCCACCUGCUGGGAAUGGGCAUGUCUACCAGAAAUCUAUGCCUUGUUGAAGCAGUGGGUUUGUCUGGGGCACCUGGACGCUCUGGGACUCCUCCAUGCCUCGUUUCCGGACCAGGAGCUGAGACGGACUGCCGUGCAGUGGAUGGAUUCCAUCUCUGACUCUGAGCUGCUGGAUUUCCUACCUCAACUGGUCCAGGCUUUGAAGUACGAGUGUUACCUCGACAGCUCCCUCAUUCGAUUCCUCCUGCGGCGAGCCAUCGGGGACAUUCGCAUUGCCCAUUACCUCUUCUGGCUGCUGAAGGACAACCUGCAGGACAGUCAGUUCAGCGCUCGCUAUCAGCAGCUCCUGGGAGCGCUGCUCUGCUGUGUGGGCUGCCGCCUCCGCGAUGAGUUCGACCGCCAGUGCUGGAUGGUGUCAGUCCUCACCAAAGUGGCUCAGAAAGUACGAGACGCGCCGCUCUCCAGCAGACAGGUUGUCCUGAAGGAGAGUUUGGAGGAGAUGAAGCACUUCUUCUCAGUUAACAGCAGCUGUCGGCUUCCUCUGAAUCCAGCGCUGCUCGUCAAAGGCAUCAACAUCCAGUCUUGUUCCUUCUUCAACUCCAAUGCCGUUCCUCUAAAGCUGUCCUUCAAAAACCCUCUGGGAGACAAUGUCAGCGUCAUCUUCAAGUCAGGAGAUGACCUGAGACAGGACAUGCUGACUCUGCAGGUCAUCCGUAUCAUGAACAAGAUCUGGAUCCAAGAGGGUCUGGACAUGAGGAUGGUCAUCUUCAAAUGUUUCUCUACUGGUAGAGGUCGAGGUAUGGUGGAGAUGAUUCCUCAAGCCGAGACGCUAAGGAAGAUCCAGGUGGAACACGGAGUCACUGGAUCCUUCAAAGACCGACCGCUGGCCGACUGGCUGCAGAAGCACAAUCCCACCGAGGAGCAGUACGACAAAGCGGUGGAGAACUUCAUCUACUCUUGUGCCGGCUGCUGCGUGGCAACCUACAUCCUGGGAAUCUGCGAUCGCCACAAUGACAACAUCAUGCUGAAAACCAGCGGUCACAUGUUCCACAUCGAUUUUGGGAAGUUCCUCGGUCAUGCACAGAUGUUUGGCAACAUCAAACGGGACCGAGCCCCGUUCGUCUUCACAUCCGACAUGGCGUAUGUCAUCAACGGGGGCGACAAACCGUCCAGUCGCUUCCACGACUUUGUGGAUCUGUGCUGUGAGGCCUACAACCUGAUCCGCAAACACACACACCUGUUCCUCAACCUGCUGGGACUGAUGCUGUCCUGUGGAAUCCCUGAGCUCUCUGACCUGGAUGACCUGAAGUACGUCUACGAUGCUUUAAGAUCUCAUGAGUCUGAGGCUGAUGCCACUGUGUAUUUCACCAGGUUGAUCGAGUCCAGUCUGGGCAGUGUGGCCACCAAACUCAACUUCUUCAUCCACAAUCUGGCUCAGAUGAAGUUCAGCUCCUCUGAUGAGCGCCCCGCGCUGUCCUUUGCACCGAGGAUUCACACCGCGAAGAGCGACGGUGUCAUCCAAAACCUCUACGUUUGCCGCCACAUCAGAACAUCCAACCCCAGCAAAGGCUACGCCUUUGUGGUGAAGGUGGACUUUGAAGGCCAGCAGGAGGCGCUGUUGGUUCAGAGAACAUUUGAAGAGUUUCAUGAGCUGCACAGCAAACUGAGGCUCAUCUUUCCCUCAUCCAGACUGCCCAGUUUUCCCAGCCGCUUCAUGAUUGGCCGUUCUCGAGGUGAGGCGAUGGCUGAUAGAAGGAAGGAUGAACUGAAUGGUUAUGUGUGGCAUCUGGUCCACGCCGCACCGGAGGUUGCUCAGUGUGACCUCGUCCACACCUUCUUCCACCCACUGCCCCGAGAUGAGAAACCAGGGGCCGCCGCCAGCAAACCCGCCGAGAUCUCCUGGUCUGCAGCUUCAGGUAAAGAGGUCGGGGAGGUCAAACUGUCCAUCUCCUACAAGAGCGACAAACUCUUCAUCAUGGUGAUGCACAUUCGAGGUUUGCAGCCACUCCAGGACGGGACAGAUCCAGAUCCUUACGUGAAGGUCUACCUCCUGCCAGACCCCCAAAAGACCAGCAAGAAGAAAACCAAGGCGGCACGGCGCACCUGUAACCCCACUUACAACCAGAUGCUGGUGUACGAGCGGAUCCCGCAGGGCGACCUGGUCCACAGGGUGAUCCACCUGCGGGUUCUGGGUGACGGGCCAUUCUGGGAGAACACUCUGCUGGGCGAGACCUUCAUCUCCCUGAAGAGGCUGGUUCCAGGUCAGCACUGGGUUGACUGGCACCCGCUGGCUCCGCCUCUGCUUGCUGACUCCGCCCACUGACAGCACACAGAGGAAGCGGACAGAAAAGGAGCAAACGGUAGUUUUGAUGAAGGUUUUGAAUUUUCACUUCGUUUCUCUUUACGUUCAGCAUCGAUGACGUCACCAUGUAAUAUGUUUUCAACAAAACCCAGAAUUUAGCUGCAGUUUCACAGAUUCUGUGGAACACGAGUUCAGAAUGAAAGUUUUUGCAAAGCAAAAAUAUUUUCUCCACAUUUUUCUGAUUACUGGACAUUUAUCGCUUCAGCUUUUUAAUCAAUAACAACUGAAAGGAAACAUUUUGGCGUAUCGGCGAGAUUAGCGGCUACAUUAUACUUUACAACUAAAA